AUGGUGUAUUCUGGAAAAGGGCACAGCUGGCUUUUGUUUGCAGUAAGCGGCAAAUAAAUAGAACAACAGUAACUGCAUCUAUGAAUACAAGCAAAUUUAGAAGAAGAAAAAUCCAGUGUCAAGGAAGACUGGGGCUGGAAAGGGGAACCUGAAGCAGCUAGAGGAGGCACAGCAGGUCAGUGGCGUCAGGCUCUGCUCUGCUAUUAGGCAGAGUGAGGCUACUGUCUCAGGAAAUGGAUGCAUUUCCUAGUGAACUGCUCCAUAUCACACAAUGUAUGCCUUCAUCCCUUGGGAACCCCCAAGCAGGGGCAAAACUAGAUUUUGUUUUGGCACCCCACAACUCACAUUUGCACACACACACCCGCAGGCUGGGAGCCUUUGGAGGCUUCGCCCAGGGUAAAAAACCCCAGCUAGCCCUCCUGUAGCUACGGCUCUGCCGCCAAGCACUUGGGGACCAGCACAGGCAUCGCGGGAAGCUCCACCAAUCCAACCGACACCCUUUGGAAGAAGAAAUUGCCCCAGUGGGAUUGCCUAGUUCUGAGCGGGGGUGGGGAGCAGAGGAGGCCCUUUUCAGGCAUGCGCUACUGCUAAUUGGAUCACUGCAGCAACUUCAAGCAGCAACUUCCAAGAGCAAAUGAGUCACCGCCAUAGAUUAAAUCAUCACAGGCAAUAAUAAAAAAUAUGUCAGCUGAAUAAUAGUUUGGGGAGGCCCUGCCUGAGAGGGGGAGCUUCUCUGAUAACCUACUUCCACCAUGUGUUGGAAAGUGGAACUGCAAGCAUAUUAGUAUGGCAGCCCACCAUACAUGUCUGGUUCACCCCUUUGGACCGUAUAAAGUGACAUUAGCCAGGAUAACAGAUUAAUAAUCACAGAUAGAACUUGCUUGUCACCUGAUGCAAACACAAAACACUGUUUCCAAAUUUACAGCAGGUGCAGGAGGAUGAGAUCCACAACUUUGAAUGCUUUGAGUUAUUAUUAUUAUUAUUAUUAUUAUUAUUAUUAUUAACUCCACAUAGAAAAGCAGCAAAUAAGUCAAUGGUCUAGGUGACCAAAUCUUUGUCCUUGAUGAUGUGUUAGAUUUCUCUUUCUCUUUGUGGGUUUUUGUUGUUGUUGUUGUUGUUUGUGUGUGUGUGUGUGUGUUUAUUCCCUAAACUGUAGUCUGAAGUGGUCCAGUUCGUUCUUCUAGGAAGUGGCAGCAGUGGUGGGGAGAUGAACCUUCUUCCCUCUCGAUUCCUUUUUCCUUCUGCAUGGUGUUGAUUAGAUUGUGAGCCUGCAGGCAAAGAGACUGUCUCAUCUUUUAAUAUAAUAUACAUCUUUUAAGGGUAAAGGGACCCCUGACCAUUAGGUCCAGUCGUGGCCGACUCUGGGGUUGUGGCGCUCAUCUCGCUUUAUUGGCCGAGGGAGCCAGCGUACAGCUUCCGGGUCAUGUGGCCAGCAUGACUAAGCCGCUUCUGGUGAACCAGAGCAGCGCACGGAAACGCUGUUUACCUUCCCACCGGAGCGGUGCCUAUUUAUCUACUUGCACUUUGACGUGCUUUCGAACUGCUAGGUUGGCAGGAGCAGGGACCGAGCAACGGGAGCUCACCCUGUUGCGAGGAUUCGAACCACCGACCUUCUGAUCGGCAAGCCCUAGGCUCUGUGGUUUAACCCACAGCGCCACCCGCGUCCCUAUACAUCUUUUAACAUGCAAUAAUAAACAGUGGUACCUCGGAUUACAUACACUUCAGGUUACAGACUCCGCUAACCCAGAAAUAGUAUCUCAGGUUAAGAACUUUGCUUCAGGAUGAGAACAGAAAUCAUGCUCCGGCGGCGCAGCAGCAGCAGGAGGCCCUAUUAGCUAAAGUAGUGCUUCAGGUUAAGUACAAUUUCAGGUUAAGAACAGACCUCCGGAACGAAUUAAGUACUUAACCCGAGGUACCACUGUAGUUGUAGGCAUUUUCUAAGGCUGCAUUCACACAGUACCUUUAAAGCAUAUCUUUCCCCCACCCAAGAACCCUGGGAAUUGUGGUUUGUUAUGGGUGCUCAGAAUUGUAGCUCUGUGGGGAGUAAACUACUGUUCCCCAGAUUCUUUGGUGCAGUGUGUCUUUUUCUUCUUUGACAAUCACCUGUAGCUGAGUAAGAUUGUCUUCCAUAGACACGGUUUUAACAAUAAGUCCGUAAGUAACUGUGGAGACCAAUUCCGGAUCCAAACGUCCUUCCACAGUGGGGAUGUUGGUUUCCGGGCGGGAGCUGAUCACGGUGUGGAUUUGCCAAGCGUGCCUUCCUCCAAGCACGUUUCUCCCUUGCGUCCUGAGUUCAGGUUUCUCCAAAGCCCAUGACACCUUUGGGAAAGGCUGUUCUCCAAUUGGAGCGCUCGCAAGCGUUUCCCAAUUGUUGGUGUUUAUAUUACAUUUUUUAAAAAAUUUGCCUUGAGACAGUCUUUAAACCUCUUUUGUUGACCACCAGCAUUAUGCUUUCCAUUUUUAAGUUCGGAAUAGAGUAGUUGCUUUGGAAGACAAUAAUCAGGCAUCCGCACAACAUGACCAGCCCAAUGAAGUUGAUGUUGAAGCAUCAUUGCUUCAACAAUGGCGAUCUUUGCUUCUUCCGGUACAGUGGUAUUAGUUUCCCUGUCUUCCCAAGUGAUAUGUGCAGAUGACAGCUUAUUGAACGGAAGUUUGGGGGGGGCGGUGUGCAGGCAGAGGGAAAUUAAACAGGUAAAGCCCAUUAGGAUAAUGCAUCCUCAUUCCGAACAAGAGCCAGUGUGGUGUAGUGGUUAAGAGCGGUAGACUCGUAAUCUGGUGAACCGGGUUCGCGUCUCCACUCCUCCACAUGCAGCUGCUGGGUUACCUUGGGCCAGUCACACUUCUCUGAAGUCUCUCAGCCCCACUCACCUCACAGAGUCUUUGUUGUGGGGGAGGAAGGGCAAGGAGAAUGUUAGCCGCUUUGAGACUCCUUAGGGUAGUGAUAAAGCAGGAUAUCAAAUCCAAACUCUCCUUCUUCUUCUUCAAUGUGGAAAUGCAGCUUGAAACGGUGUGGGGACAACAACAUCGCUGUUUUAAGCCACUAGCACUCACAUAACUUUUCAUAAGAAGCAACAGGGUGGAAGCAGGGUAUAUUUAUGUACUGUGGCUUACGUUAUGUGGAAGAACACAGAAGUGUGUGCACAACAUCUCAUUGCUAACACUGAUGCGAAAAGCAGACUCGGGUGAGGAAGCCCUGCUUCAAGGCAUCGUGUCUCCAAUUUUUCCUCAAGAUGGUGUCGUUGUUGUCAACACCUAUCACAGCAAACACAUUUCACAGGGCGUGCCACCAAAGUGUUUGUGGGCAGCCCUCUUCAUUUGUAGUUCUGACUUCAUGGUUUCCAAAAUAUAAGGGAAAGAAAGAUCGCUUCCUCAAGCACCUGCCAAAGAGUGGAGAAAAGUGUGUUCUGGAGGAGAGAGAUGCAUCAGAUUAUCACCCGUUAUUUAUACUGUGCUUAUCAGGCAUCAUACAAAUAUUAAGAAGAAGAAGAAGAAGAGUUUGGAUUUGAUAUCCCGCCUUUCACUCCCUUUAAGGAGUCUCAAAGUGGCUAACAUUCUCCUUUCCCUUCCUCCCCACAACAAACACUCUGUGAGGUGAGUGGGGCUGAGAGACUUCAGAGAAGUGUGACUGGCCCAAGGUCACCCAGCAGCUGCAUGUGGAGGAGCGGAGACGCGAACCCGGUUCACCAGAUUACGAGUCCACCGCUCUUAACCACUACACCACACUGGCUCUCUACAGACGUGGUUUUGCCCUCAGGUUUACAAUCAAAUAAAACACAAAGGGAAAAAGGAAUUAGGAAGCUAGAGGAAUAACAGGACAAAUGGCCAUCAAGAAAAAAGAAGAAGGAUCGUGAAGAAAAAAAGCAAGAAUGAAAACUAAGCAUGAAUUUUCAAUAAUUUCUUAAAUGAGGAAAAGAUGUGAGCUACUCAGAUUGAUGGUGGAAGAUUUAGAUUUAUUAGCAGUGGAAUAUAUGAACUAUAAAGUCCUCCAUUCAAAUCUCACCUCAGCUAUGAAUUUGCUUAGGUUAGGGUGCCCAUGGGCACCAGUGUGCCCACCAGGGCCUCCUAUGGUGCUCACAAGAGGUGCCCACAAUAUGGCCACAUUUCACUGGGUGCCAGGAUUGGACACUCCCUCAGCAGAAUGAGCAGGAGCGCUCCCAAAUGCAGCAGGCCUGGCAUGCCAAAUGUUGAAGUCCUGGAAGUAAAUAUAUAUUACCAUUUACCAGAGUCAAAAGCGACCUAACUGCUUCAUGGAAAGGAGGCAAGAGGAACUAAACUCAGCUUCUGUUUUCCUCCAUCAUCUAACUUUUCCUGCCAGCUACUUUUCUCCUAGCACAUGAUAGUGUUUUGCCCGGUGACAUGAAAAAUGUCGCUUACUGGUUCCUGGGUAUUAAAUCUCCGCUAAAAGGCACAGGAGGCAGGCCAGAGCUGCUGUAUUUUUCUGCCCUGCUGAAGUUUCCCUAUAGAAGUCUGCCCUGGCCCUGUGACAUGGCUGACUCCCCUCUCUCUCUCCCCGUAUCUGCUCCUCAGCCAUGAACUUGCCUUAUCUCUGCCUUCAGCUGGUGGGUGGGGAGAGGCAGAUCCAAGGGGACUUCUCAGCUCUCUAACUAGACUGCUCAGAAGUUGUUCGACUUCAGUGCAGGUCAACAGGUAGGAAGAAAGGGCUGGGGGGAACGGGACGCUUUCGGACUUUAUUUUCUCUCUCUUCUACCUCUCAUUGAAUAUGAAAACAGAUAAAAACGGAGGCGGCUCUUUGGCUGUGAGCAUACUAAACUGCGAAAGCACAUUCGAAGCACCUUUUUCUCUCAAAGAAUUCUGGGCACUGUAGUUUGUUAAGGACUGCUGCGAAUUGUAAAUCCGUGAGGGGGUAAACUACACUUCACAGAAUUCUUUGAGGGAGAGAAUGUCCAUUGAGUGUGCUUUUUAGUGUGCACACAGUGUUUCUGCUGUUACCUGUUGGUGUUCAUUUCUUUUCUCUCCACCCUAUCACCUAAAUUAAGGACCAGUGACUGGAAGCCCCUAAGGUCCAUGCAGGGCUCUCAGAGGAGUGUUGGCUGUCUCCCUUCUCCACUAAAUAUCCAAAAAUGAAGAAGGGAAUUGGGGGGGGGUGUACUGCAUUGGCCUCAAGGCUACCAACUAGCUGGGAAACAAGCAGUCUACCUUGCUUUUGAGACUUGAUUUCCAGGAAUCAACAGGCAAAGCUUUGCAAGGUAUGGAGCUCAACACUGUAAUCUGUUUAUGGCUGUAAAAUGGGGAUGAGGAGCCUGUAACCAUCCCGUUAUUUUGUUGGACUACAACUCCCAUCAUUACUGAACAUGGGCCAUGCUGGCUAAGGUUAAUGGGAGUUGGAGUUCAACAUUGAUCUGGAGGGUACCACGUCCCCUAUCCUCGCUUAGAUCAAUGCUAUCAAAGGGACAACUAGAACGGUGGCUUCAAAAGUUGGGAAUCUUCAUUGGCCCAGCAGUCUUCAAACCUUUCUCGAAGAGGUGUCCUGAAAAAUGGUAGUUGCCAUCCAGGAGGUAAGAGUGGUUGAUCUUUCCUAUUUCAUUUUAUUUUUAUUUUAUUCUGCAUAACUAAACUGUUUCUCCUUUAGGGAGAAACCAGACAUUAUAUAGCAGAGGCAUGUAAUGGUCUCUGAAAAACAGCUACAAGGAUGCUGCUAACUAUAAAAAAACUAGCUAUUUUUCCACCCUGUUGCUUCACAGCUGCUUUCUCAUGCCCAGGCGUGCCAAUUUAAAUAAAAUAUUGGGGGGGGGGCAGGUAUAAUUUCACACCAUUUGAAUGAUAAUGUCCCUUAACUUUUGGGGAGAUGGCCCCCUCAAAUAUUUUAGGGGGGGCAAAGGGACCUCAGCCCUUAGGACUUGGUUUCUAUGCUGAUGCCCCACUGCAAAGAUAUGGGUACCAGUAUCUUUUCCUGCGCAAAUAGAAAAACAGCUGGAUGGAGGCAGUUUUGAUCAGGAAAUAAAUAGUAGGGGAAGGGGUAAGGAAUCCUUUACCCCUGCCAUUCCUCUUGGGAUCACAGCUUUCAGCACUUAGUUUUAAUUAAAGCAAAAAUGUCGGGAGAUUGGUACACAUAUCUGAUAUGCAGUGCACAGCUUGGCUCCUAGUCUCAGUGCAUCUUAAAAGCAUCAAAAGCAGCCCGUUGACGCACUAUUUCACCUUAUGAAGUUAACCUUCAUUCCCCUCCCAACCCAUUUACAGUGGUACCUCGGGAUAAGAACUAAAUUCAUUCCAGAGGUCCAUUCUUAACCUGAAACUGUUCUUAACCUGAGGUACCACUUUAGCUAAUGGGGCCUCCUGCUGCCGCCGCGCUGCCGCCGCACGAUUUCUGUUCUUAUCCUGAAGCAAAGUUCUUAACCCGAGGUUCUAUUUCUGGGUUAGCGGAGUCUGUAACUUGAAGCGUCUGUAGCCUGAAGCAUUUGUAACCCGAGGUACCACUGUAUAUUAUGAAAUAUCCCUGUCUCUUUCUAAUAGUUCAUUUUCACACAUGAUGCCUAUAUAUAUAUAUAUAUAUAUAUAUGCGCAUUUUUGGCAUCUUAUUAUUAUUCCAGGCUCAUUGCUACUUCAUAAGCUAGCAAUUUGUCUCCAAGCCCAAGUCAAAGCACAAAUUCUGAUUUUUAAAGCCCUGAAGCCACGUAUUGGGGAAAGGUGAUCCCCAAUGAACAUGCCUCGGCCCCAGACUGUUAUGGACCACCUUUUCCAAAAUGUCACAACCUGGCCAUCUGGAGCAAGAGUGGAAGCCUUGCUGCAUGUCUCCCCACUGGCUGAAGUGAGACAUGUGAGGACAUAGGAGAGGGUCUUUGGGACUGAGGCAUCACUGCUAUGAAAUGGCUUCCCAGGCUCCAUUGAUGCUCACCUGCCCUGCAGGGAAAAUACUGGCCAAUUGCUGUGUUCGGCACGUGCUGCCAUUUUAUGAUCGUCUCUAUGAUACGCUGCAUUGUAUUUUUGUAUUGCUCUUAUUACUGAUUGGUGCCUUGAGGGCGUUUUCAGUAGAAAGUGGGGGGGACAAGUAAAAAUUACUUAAUAAAUAAAUAACAUCUCCCAGAAUUGCCAUGCAAAUAUAAAAUCCUGACUGUGAAAAUGUACAUUCAGGUUUUUCAGUUGAGUUGUUGCUACUGAUGUUGUUGUCAUCGUCAUCAAGUACAAACAUUCCCAUGUGCAACAAAUAGUGUAAAUGGGGAGACUUGCCAUCUGACCAGGAAAAAAUCCUGGCGCUUUUAACAGCAGCCGAAUCUUCAAGAAUCAGCAUGCAGAAAUUAUUGUGAGGUGCACAUAAGCCGUAUUAACUGCUAAUCAGGCUUCUAUUAAAGGCACGGCUACAAUGGCCAGUUUAAAGGUUGGUAAACAGGCAUUUUUAAUGCCUCUUUGCCCACAGUUUCGACACUUGGGGUGUAAAUUUUUAGGAGCUACUUUAUUUCUGUAAUCAUAAGCUGUUGUAAGCUGUUUUUAAUAUUGCAAUGUUGUGUUUUAAUGUUCUAACCUGGCCUGGGACCUUAGGGUAAAAGGCGGGUAAUAAUAGUAAUAAUAAUAAUAAUAAUAAUAGUAAUAAUAGUAAUUUAUUAUUUGUACCCCACCCAUCUGGCUGGUUUCCCAAGCCACUCUGGGCAGCUUCCAACAAAGAUUAAAAAUACAUCAAAAUGUCACACAUUAAAAACUUCCCUGAACAGGGCUGCCUUCAGAUGUCUUCUAAAUGUCAGGUAGCUGUUUAUUUCCUUGACAUCUGAUGGGAGGGCAUUCCACAGGGCAAGCGCCACCACUGAGAAGGCCCUCUGCCUGGUUCCCUGUAACCUCACUUCUCGCAGGGAGGGGACCGCCAGAAGGCCCUCGGCGCUGGACCUCAGUGUCCGGGCAGAACGAUGGGGGUGGAGACGCUCCUUCAGGUCUACUGGGCCAAGGCUGUUUAGGGCUUUAAAGGUCAGCACCAACACUUUGAAUUGUGCUCAGAAACAUAAUAAUAACAAUGUGUGUGUUUGUGAAAAUGUCUUUGGUAACCUAUCUUCUAGUGUUUUAACACACCCCAUCAUGCUAUGUACUCUUUCCUACUGUCUAGUCUGUGUUGUGAACACUGCAUUUUAUGUUUGGGGUUUGUGUGCUGCAAGACCUGCGCAGAGAAUCAGGCCGCCACCUUUUUAAGGGCCAAGGUCCUGCAUCUUUAAGGGCUGCAUGAGAGUCAGAAAACAUUCUGUAUUGGACCCUGUCAAAGAAUCAUAGAAUUGUAGAGUUGCAAGGGACCCACAAGGGUCAUCUAGUCCAACCCCCUGCAAUACAGGAAUCUCAACCAAAGCUUCCUGGACAGACAGCCAUCAAACCUCUGCUUAAAAACCUCCAAGGAAGAAGAGUGCACCAUCUCCCAAGGGAGUUGGUUCCACUGCCAAACAGCUCUUCCCUUUUCUUUUCUUGAGGCAACCCUAGCAGGGAAUAGUAUCAGAAAAGGCAACUCUCAAUAGCGGAACAUAUUUUAAACUGACAUUUAAAGUGAAUUUUGAUGCAAUGAAUUCGUAUCUUAUUCUUCCUCUCCCACCUACACUCCAUUCCAUGAACUGGCCUGUCCUUGGACUAUUCCUUGUCUUUAACUCCUACUCUCUUCACUCCUUUUCCCCUUGGCACAAAGUACAAUGGCUAGAUAAAAAGCAAGCAUAGUUCCCAUCUGGCUUCCUGUUUUGUUUUCAAAGGUACUUGCAGAUUGCGCUGCAUGAUUUUGGAGAGUUUUGCAGAAUAGAGAGUGCAUCUGUGCAUUUGCUUAUUUACUUCCUUCUCCUCAUGUUCUACCUCUGAUUUGUAGCCUGUGAUAUUUACACUCAGUUGAGAGUCUUCCGUAGCUUUGUAUAGUUCACUUUGCAACAGUGGACUGCUUUGGCUGCACUUUACUAAUUCAGGGAAUCGUGUCGGAAUUCUCCCAAGCAUUGCCCAGUGACCAGAAAAAAGGCAGCAACCCCCUGUCAUGCUCUUCUGCCUUUAAGGGAAGCUCCAUGUGCAGAACUUAGCAGGUGAUGUUUUUGCAGAAUGGACACAAACAUUAUCUUUUGCUAACAUCUGCACUUCUAGCUGCUGUGAAAGUUGCUGCUACUUUAGCCAGUGGGAAAGCUCUAUUUCACCUCCAUGUUUUGUUUUGUUUUGUUUUGUUUUGUUUUGUUUUGUUUUGUUUUGUUUUGUUGUUGGUGGGGGAGCCCCCGAUGUUUGAGGAGAUUUCUUAUAAUGAGGUGGGGAAUUCAAACAUACAAUUCCCACUAGGGCAACUCAACAAAAGCUGCUACACACAACAAAACUGAUUGCGUGUGUGAUGGACUGUGGAUGUCCAGUUAAUAUUUUGGAAUGCUCUUUUCAGUGGUCUGUAUCCUGCUGUGGAUACAGACCAGCCUUCCCCAACCUGGUGCCCUCCAGAUGCUGUUGGACUCCAGCUCCCCUCAGUCCCAGCCAGCAUGGCCCGAUGGACAGAGACGAUGGGAAUUGUAGUCCAACAAUAUUUGGGGAGCUACACAUUCCUCGUCCUUGAUCUACAGACAUCUGGAGGGGGGCACCAAGUUGGAGGACAGUCAUAUAGACUCUAUAUGUCUAUAUUUGUCUCUAUAUUUGUCGUUGUUUAGUCGUUUAGUCAUGUCCGACUCUUCGUGACCCCAUGGACCAGAGCAUGCCAGGCACUCCUGUCUUCCACUGCCUCUCGCAGUUUGGUCAAACUCAUGUUGGUAGCUUCGACAACACUGUCCAACCACCUCGUCCUCUGUCGUCCCCUUCUCCUUGUGCCCUCCAUCUUUCCCAAUAUUUUCCCAAUCUUUUCCAGGGAGUCUUCUCUUCUCAUGAGGUGGCCAAAGUAUUGGAGCCUCAGCUUCAGGAUCUGUCCUUCCAGUGAGCACUCAGGGCUGAUUUCCUUCAGAAUGGAUAGGUUUGAUCUUCUUGUAAUCCAUGGGACUCUCAAGAGUCUCCUCCAGCACCAUCAUUCAAAAGCAUCAAUUCUUCGGCGAUCAGCCUUCUUUAUGGUCCAGCUCUCACUUCCAUACAUCACUACUGGGAAAACCAUAGCUUUAACUAUACGGACCUUUGUUGACUCUAUAUUCCAGAGACCCAAAGUUUUCAAAACAGAGAAUACAAGAGAAAGAUUGUGGUUCAGUGGUUUGGUUCUAAUAUACUGUAUUUUUAAAAAGUGUUACUGGCGUAUAUAAUUUGAAGAAGCACUGGAACUUGGAGGAAAUCUUCGGGGGGAGGCAAUUUUCAAUCUGGCUCCACAUCAGGGGGGACUGGAGCAGGUGACGGGCAGUUUUCUCUAUUUUCCAGGAACCAAGCCUUAUCUUUUGCAUGCACCCUUAAGGACCAAGAUGCAGCUCUGCAUCUUGAGUUCUUUAGUUUUAAUCAUCUGAGCUGGCCUAGGGUGUAUCUUUUACAAGUCAGAUUAAACUCAAGAGGGAGUUAUCAGCUCCCAACAUACUUGCACACCCUUCCCAUCCUGAGCUCCAUGUCAAAUGGGCCAUUGCUCUAGUUUUUCAUUUCUCUGAUGACACACGUACAAAACGCAGGAGCCGUUUUAUCCCGUAUUUAUUAAUCCAGGAUAACUGCCCACGCUCCCUAAUGUUGCGCUCACUUAACACCACUUGCAGUCACAGUUUCACACAAUGACUGUUGGACCCUCCCCACUUCCCUGAGUGGUAAGAGGUUCCAUUGGCAGUGCUACCUUUAGAUGAGAAGUAAAGGUAAAGGACCCCUGACCUGUUAAGUCCAGUUGCGAACGACUCUGGGAUUGCGGCGCUCAUCUCGCUUUUUUCGCCGAGGGAGCCAACGUUUGUCCGCAGACAGUUUUUCCAGGUCAUGUGGCCAGCAUGACUAAGCCGCUUCUGGCGAAACCAGAGCAGCGGACGGAAACGCCGUUUACCUUCCCGCUGGAGCGGUACCUAUUUAUCUACUUGCUGCACUUUGACAUGCUUUCGAACUGCUAGGUUGGCAGGAGCAGGGACAAGGAAUGCGAGGGAGCUCACCCUGUUGUGGGGAUUCGAACCACCGCAUUUCUGAUCGGCAAGCGUUAGGCUCAGUGGUUUAGACCACAGCACCACCGGCAUCCCUUUAGAUGAGAGCGCACUGGCAAAAUGGGUGCCUUGGCAAUAUUUGUUCCCAUUGGAAAUAUAAGCAGGGAAUAAGUGGAAGCAAACAGAUACUGCCUUCAUAGGUUCUAGAUUCAGGUAGGUUGCCGUGUUGGUCUGACACAGUUUAUAUAUAUAUAUAUAUAUAUAGUUCAGUAGCACCUUAGAGACCAACUAAGUUUGUUCUUCGUAUAAGCUUUUGUGUUCAUGCCCAUACCCAUUGAGUCAAUCACCCAUCUCCUACUACCCUCCUGAGAAAAACCUCACCCCACUCCACCCUCUCACUAUGUAUGAGGGUCUGCUGACUUCUGUUUCAGUGUAUCUGAAGAAGUGUGCAUGCAUACGAAAGCUUAUACAGUGGUACCUCAGUUUAAGUACUUAAUUUGUUCCGGAGGUCCGUUCUUAACCGUUCUUAACCUGAAGCACCACUUUAGCUAAUGGGGCCUCCCACUGCCGCCGCGCCGCCAGAGCACGAUUUCUGUUCUCAUCCUGAAGCAAAGUUCUUAAUAUUUCUGGGUUGGAGGAGUCUGUAACCUGAAGCGUAUGUAACCUGAGGUACCACUGUACCAAGAACAAACUUAGUUGGUCUCUAAGGUGCUACUGGACAAUUACACACACACACACACACACACACACACACAUUGCCUUCAUAGGGACACUCAAGGAUUCUGAUUGCUCCACAUUUUAAAGCUGACAGACCUGAGUUGCACUUCCUGGGUCAAAACAUGGUUAUCCUUUUUGUAUUGACAAUUCUCCAAAUUUUGUGACACAGUUCUCUGCUCCAAACCGCCACCACAACAAAACAAAAAGAAUAUGCAUACAAGGGGGGCGGGGACAGAGUUUAGGAUAACUUGUAGAAACAAUGCACAUUUUAAUGUGGUUUGUAAUUUUCAGCAGCAUGACACAGAAAGGGAAAGGAACAGACUUAUGAAUGAACACAUGCGAAAGGCUAUGACUCUAAAGCACAUUCAAAGCACAUUCUUUCUCUCAAAGGUACAGUGUAUGCCCAGCCUAGAGAUCUCAAGUGAACGAAUACAUCCACCCCCACUUGUUGGUGACCCCAUCUAACUCUGCAUUCACACUACAGUGGUACCUCGGGUUAAGUACUUAAUUCGUUCCAGAGGUCUGUUCUUAACCUGAAACUGUUCUUAACCUGAAGCACCACUUUAGCUAAUGGGGCCUCCUGCUGCUACUGCGCUGCCGGAGCCCGAUUUCUGUUCUCAUCCUGAAGCAAAGUUCUUAACCCGAGGUAAUAUUUCUGGGUUAGCGGAGUCUGUAACCUGAAGCAUAUGUAACCUGAAGUGUAUGUAACCCAAGGUACCACUGUAAUGCCAUUGCCUCCUCACUUUCUUUCUCCUAACACAGACCCUCUGUCCUUAUCAUUUAUAUGGAUGGCAUCUGUCUGUCCUGGGAGGCAAUGAAAUAGUGUGCCUUUGGGGGUUACAGGAGGGUUACAGCACCUGCUGUGGCUGUAGAGACUGAUAUGGGAGAGACAUGUUUCAUUACUGCAGACAGAAAUUCAGUAGAUUCUCCAUGCUGGAGGAAGCUGAAUUUAUAGAACCACAGAAUUUCUGCCUGUCACCUAGCUCUCAAAGGCAAAGUGAGUGAAGAAAAAGUGACAAAAUAGGCAAGUUCUUUCAUGAACCACCUGCAUCUCCUGUGGUCUCUUUUAGGAGUACGUUUCUUUCCCAAGAUGGAGCCACAUGUUGUCUGAGUUUCAGCCCCUAAUUUCCUGGGCCCCACUUGCGUGGUGCUCUCUUUUCUCUCUUUCCCUGUGGGUUUCUCCCCUGCUUCCUUCUGACCCCUUGGGAAUCUGGAAGAUUGUUCUCUUUGAAGCAGAAAAUGCCUCUUAAACCAGACCUGCUCUGCAGGAUGCCCUGCCUUGCGUGUCGUGAUUGUCCUGUUGCAGUGAGUGCUGCAGGGGUAGAAAAGUCUGCACCUGCUGAAAACUCCCUCUGCUGUGCAAUUAUCCAAGGGACAGGAAGCUUGUCAUGUAUUGCAGCAGCUGGUCUCUCUGCUACUCCCAGAACGACCAUUCACAAGCGCUCCUUAAGGCAGAGGAGUUAAUGCAGCUACACCCUACAAUUUACUUUUGAGUAAACUUGCAAAGAGGUUCAGGUGGUACAUUUGUAGACACACCAUGAGUUUUUCUCAGUGUCAUCUCCCUUUGUAGCUAGUUAUAGACCCCACCUUAAACAGUCAUUAUAUCCCCAAAGGAUCCUGGAAACUGUAGUUUGUUAAGGGUGUUGAAAGUUAUUAAAGGUAAAGGUAAAGGGACCCCUGACCAUUAGGUCCAGUCGUGGCCGACACUGGGGUUGCGGCGCUCAUCUCGCUUUAUUGGCCGAGGGAGCCGGCUUACAGCUUCCGGGUCAUGUGGCCAGCAUGACUAAGCUGCUUCUGGCGAACCAGAGCAGCACACGGAAAUACCGUUUACCUUCCCGCUGGAGCGGUACCUAUUUAUCUACUUGCACUUUGACGUGCUUUCGAACUGCUAUGUUGGCAGGAGCAGGGACCGAGCAACGGGAGCUCACCCCGUUGCGGGGAUUCGAACCGCCGACCUUCUGGUCGGCAAGUCCUAGGCUCUGUGGUUUAACCCACAGCGCCACCCGCGUCCCGAACCCUAAGAAAGUUCGGGAAAGUUCUUAGGUGACCCUUACUCCCCUCCCAGAGCUACAGUUCUCAGAGCGGUUUAACAAUCAUCCCCUCUUCCCAGGGACGUCCAAUAAUAUAACCUCAACUAAUACAAAGAUUUAGCAAUACAGUAGCAAUACAGUGGUAUCUCAGUCUACAAACAGUCCUCUUAAUGAACUAUUCGGGCAAUGAAUUCCGCAAGUAGGUGUUCCAGCUAGCGAACUUUGCCUUGGAAGACGAACGGAAGCCGAAUAGUGGAAGGGCACUGGCGGUGGGAGGCCUCAGUAGGGAAAACGCACCUCGGUUUAAGAACGCUUUGGUUUAAGAACGGACUUCCGGAACGAAUUAAGUUUGUAUUCAAGGGUAAGUAAGAGAUCGUGAAAAUUAAGGACAUGGGAUAGAAAUGUACCUGGUGACCUUUCUAAGGGCAGCUCUACACUUUGCACAGCUAUUACAAUUGGUAUGUCUGUGGCUUCCCAGAUGUUGUUGGACUCCAGCCUCAGCAUGGGCAAGACCCAGUCAGCACGGCCAAUGGUCAGGGGUGAUGGGGCUGAGAGCCCAAGAACAUCUGGAGGGCCACAGGAUCCCCAUCCCGGACUUAAAGCAAGGGAAGCUAGGAAGGCAUCCACUUACAUACACAUGUCUGGGAACUCUGACAUGGCCGGGGUUCCCAGACAUGUGUCGAGACGUGCAUGGCGUCAGUGGUGUAGCGUGGGGGGUGCAGGGGGGGCCGGCCGCACUGGGUGCAACAUCUGGGGGGAGGCGCUCACACUCGCAGCUCUCUGCCCCUACUAAAAUCCACAGGUUAGGGGGCGCAAAUUACUUGCCUUGCCCUGGGUGCUGACAACCCACGCUACGCCACUGCAUGGCGUCCACUCUGAGCACUGAAUCAGUGGUGUGACACCAGUAUACACACAGCGGCUGUGUUUGUUGGACAGGGUAGAUCUGCCCUAAGCCAGGACCACACCUCUUCACAGGAACAAAAAAGCCUGCUGACCAGAUUGUUCACGUUACAUGACUGUUUUUCUAACGACACAUCAUUCAGAUUAAAAAUGGCUGCCUUCCUGAAUUAUAUGCUGCACAAAUGUAUAUUUCCUCUAUUUUUGUAGAUGCACUAGCAACUAAAAGGCAUUCUUCAUCCUCAUUUGCAGAAGUGGAUUUAGCUUGUCACUUUUUAUAUUACACUGUGGGUGUGUAUCUGCUUGUGUGCCAGUCAGGCAGCUGGUUAUUUUCUAUUAUUAUUUUAAAAAUCAUUGCUACCUUGAAAAGAUAGCUCUCAAUGACAUGUUUCAGUGCUCAACUUGGUGGCCUUAGGGGUGCUAGGAAGGGAGAUGGUUGAAGGUUAAUUAAAGGGCGCUCCCUGCUCUGGAGAGUUAAUGCUGAUCUCAUGUGGUCUAAAAGGAAGCUAGAGCCUUAAGGUUACUUGAAAAAAGGUGCAUGCAACAAACAUACAAUUUUUUUCUCAGUGAGUGAGAAGGCCUUCUUGUGAGAAUAAUAGUUGAUUUUGUUUGUUUGAUAGAUGUAGACUCUCAGGGCAACAUUCACUUAAAAACCACACACAGAAAAAUGCAAACUUCAAACAAUAAAAUUGCAAAACCAGCAGACUAUAACAAAGUAAUCAAGUUCAAUAGAAGGCGUAAAAACACAAAAUCUAGCUCAUCUCAGCAUGCUGAAAUGCCCUAGGCUAGGUGUGGGGAAAGCUGGGCCCUCCAGAUGUUACUGAACUUCCAUCAGCUCCAGAACGCACAUCCAAUGGCCGGGAUUAAUGGGAGUUGUCGUUCAGCUACAUCUGGACAGCCAGUGGUUUCCCACAUCUGCCCAUGGCAAAUGAAAAUGUCUUUGCUUUGUGCUGACAUGUUAUCAGAGUUGGUGGCAAGCAAGCUUUUCUGGGGAGACCAUUCUAAAUACAAGUGGCCACGAUUGAGAAAACCCUCUCUCUAGGCUUUAUUAUUGAAAUUGUUCUAUUAGCAUUAAUUAAAAAAAAACUACUGUGAGAGUCAUCAGAGCAAUGAAAGCAAAAGGAGAAAAAGAAUUCAGGACCCCAUAUGCAAGGAGCUUCAGCCAAUAUUCCAACAGUGCAGGAGGAAGGCGGAAAGAAGAAAAGAGAAUGAAGCGAGAGAAAAGGGGGAAAUGGAGUUCCCUUUCCUCACAAAGUACUCUUAAAUCACCUGCAUUUGCCUAAGCGCUGGGAUGGAUGUUUGGUUUGGCCAUGGAUGUGCACAGACUAUAAAGUGAAUUCAAAGUGCAUUCUUUCCCUCAAAAGAAUUCUGGGCACUGCAGUUUACCCCCUCACACAGUUACAAUUACCUGCAAUCCUUAACGGACUACAGUGCCCAGAAUUCUUUGAGGGACUCUUCUUUGAAUGUGCUUUAAAGGUAUAGCUCUUAUGGCCACAUAUUAGAUAUUCUCCACUUGAAAUGUUUGUCUUGGUGAGACUGUCAGCUUGGAGUCAGGGGCAGACAAUCCAAAUCUCUCUCUCUCUAUGUGUAAUUUAUGAUUUUCAAGUGUACACAUUUCAAUAAUUUUAGAGUCAUUUUAACAUUUCAAAACUUGACUUCCUUCCCCCACUUUCUGCUGUUCCUUAAAUUUAUUUUUAAUAUUUUCUGCAUAUCCCAAUUAACUUAAUUUGCUCAUUUAUUCAUCUACUUUAAAAUAUACUCUUAUGAAACUGAAGGUUGUUACAAUAAUCCUGCCCAUGUUUACAAUUCCUUUGUAAAUAUUCCAUAAACCAUUUCCAUUCUUUUAUAUAAAAAAGUUUGUUAUCUUGAUUUCUUAUUUUUCCGGUAAGUUUCGCCAUUUCUGCAUAGUCCAUAAGUUUUUGUAUCCAUUCCUCUUUUCCUGGGACUCCUUCUUCUUUCCACUUUUGGGCAGUCCAAAUCCAGCCAGGUGGCAGCUCUUUUUUAACCAGCGAGUACAUGAUGGUUAGGGGGCACGGGUGGCGCUGUGGGUUAAACCACAGAGCCUAGGACUUGCAGAUCAGAAGGUCGGCGGUUCGAAUCCCUGCGACGGGGUGAGCUCCUGUUACUCGGUCCCUGCUCCUGCCAACCUAGCAGUUCAAAAGCACGUCAAAGUGCAAGUAGAUAAAUAGGUACCGUUCCAGCGGGAAGGUAAACGGCGUUUCCGUGCGCUGCUCUGGUUCGCCAGAAGUGGCUUAGUCAUGCUGGCCACAUGACCCAGAGGCUGUUUGCAGGCAAACGCCGGCUCCCUCAGCCUAUAGAGUGAGAUGAGCACACAACCCCAGAGUCGUCUGCAACUGUACCUAAUGGUCAGGGGUCCCUUUACCUUUACCUUUACAUGAUGGUUAUUGCUUGGACAUUGGUGAGCAAUGCCCUGGCUCCUUCUUUGAUACUGAUCCUAUUCUGUGGCUAAGGAGUUGUGGUAUAGCCUCAGCCAAAGGGGCUCUCCCAGCACCUCCCUUGACCUCUCUCUUUCUUUGUGUAGCACCAGACCUUGGCACGCCACAAUGGCCUCAAUCCUCCAGUGCUGCCCUUUCCUGACCCGGGACCCGACCACCUUCCUGCGCCGAUGUCGGCCCCUGCUGGUCAGCAGUGCCCAGCGCUGCCCUGUGAUGGUGGCCCGAGCCUUCUCUCGUUCUCAUGCUGACCAGCAGCACGGAAAAGAGACCCAUGGAGAUUCUGGUGAGGCAGUGGGUGGGCUCACAGGCAACAGCCCUGGGUAAAAUGUCCAGCUGAGGGGAGAGGGGUUUCGUCCACACUCUGAAAGCACACCCUCAAGGAAAUCCUGGGAACUGCAGUUUGUUACAUGUGCUGGGAACUGUAGCUCUCUGAGGGGCAAAAUACCAUUCCCAGGUAUCGGGAAUUGUGGGUAGGAAGGUGGGAAUAUCUAAAUUAAUGGUUCUUAUUAGUCUGAGUAGCACCGAGUUAAAAACAAAAGAGGAAUGUAAAUUGGUAAAAUUGAUGGUAACUGCAGCCAGACAGGUUAUAGCGAGUGAUUGGAAAAAUGCAGAAGAGUUAGAGGUGAACCAAUGGAGGAAAAAACUGAAUAAUAUUAUAAUUUUAGAAUACCGAACUGUGAAGAUACACAGAAUGAAAGGGUUUAAGGUCAGUGAGAAAGAGGAGGAUUGGUUUGAAAAGAUAUUGAAUUAUUUGGGUAGGUUUGAACAAUUUGGGGCAAUUAAAAUGUUAAAAGUUAAAUAAACCUUGUGGAUGGAGGAGUGUUAACGUAUAUAAAAUUGUACAUAUGGUUGAUUUGAAUAUGUUAUUGUUCAUUAUGUAUACCCAGUGUAUCAGCCGCCUGGAGGGUUUCACUGUUUGUGUUUUGGUUGUUGGUGAAAAAAUAAAAAUUUUAAACAUUAAAAACAUUUUUUAAAAAAACAUCCCCAGGAUGCUUUGGGGAAAGCCAUGUGCUUUCAAUGCACUUUGAAUGUAUGGUAUGGAUGUACUCAUAACACUCCCCCAAAACACAGUAUACGCUCUUUCAACACAGGGGGGUGCGUUUGUACAGUUAUUAGAUCUGGAAGAAUCCAAUAUGGCAGUAUGAAAGUCCAGUGGGAAAUGAAUGGAUCUACCUAUUCAGAUAAACUAUGUGUUUUGGGGCUAUAUUAUUCCAGAUAAUAUGGCAAGGGGAAACUGACGAUGGAUUCAUCCCAUUUUAUUCUACUUUAUUGUAGUUUGAAUAUGCUGCUUUGGGGGCCUUUGGGCUGCAAAACAGUAUUUGAUAAAUAAACAGUGCUUGAAAGCUCCUCCAUUAAAAAAAUAAUAAUUAAAUCCUUGCUUAUAGAAAACUAUCCUGUCAGGAUGAAGGCUAGGUUCAAAUCCUUUUCCCUUACAGGAUAGUUUUUUGUUCCCCACCCCUAGAUGUGGGGUAACAUUUUUCAUCCAAGACAGUUUGAAAAUGGUACAACACCAGCAGCUUCAUACUACAUGAUUUAUUUUAAUAAAUAUGGCCUACCAUGGCAGGUGGUAAAAUUGCUUGUCUGGACUGUAGCAUUUCAGACUGCAGCGUACGGAAAGCUAGGAAGAAGAUUCUAGCCCAGAGUUCUCCCUGACAGGAUCGUUUUCUGUGUGCAGGGAAAUUUUUAAUUUUUGUAGGAAGGAGCAGUCAGUUAUAGGGGCCCUAUCACGGAAUGUUCCUCCAUUCCCCAUACCCCCACCUCCCCAAAAAUAUGAAAGAUCCAAGGUAUGGAGACUCUGUCUCCAGGAUCACAAUUCUUGCCAGUGAUCUCUUAUUUCCCCAUUGCCUCUUGCCAGCUGAUGGCUGUUGUGGGUGAGAGUAGAGAGGACCUUUUUUAAAAUAAAAAUAAAAAUUGGGACUUAGUAAUUCUCUCACAAGGCUCAGCUGGGAAAAGAUUUGCCAAAUGGAGGAAUAAUUCCAUCACUUCUGUCAUCUGGCAUGGUGCAGUCCAGACACAGGAUUCCUACCCCAGGAGGGAGUCUGAUCAUUUAAAAACGGUUCUGGGUCUGAGACCUGGGUCUGAGACCUGGCUCAAAGGCCAAGCAACCCUGACACUAGAGGAAGGAGAAGGGAAAGAAAGAUCCAAAAUCAGGACUUUCUUUCAGCCAGAACUGGCUCCUCUCAGGUUGAUGCCAUUGCCAUUAUGUGAGAACAAGUGAUUCCCAGCACCUCUUUUUCUAGGAAAAAAAAAGAUAAGGUCCAAAAGAUAAGGUCUUUGGAUUUUAUGUGAGGCAGGACCAGAGCACAUGUUUUAAUCUCCAGUUAGAAAUGGUUUAAGGAGCAAGCGAUAGGAAAGAGAUCGGUCUGAGACCUUCACCGUACAACUCAUACCAUACAACUCUUGGAGAAUUCUGGGAACUGUGGUUUGUGAAGGGUGCUGGACCUUUUGCUCUGUGAGGUCAGUGCCCUUAACAAGCUACAAUUCCCAGAAUUCUCUAUGACCAUCGAAGUGUUAUGAGAGCGCUUUACAUUUGUGGUGCGGAUGUGAAAGAGCUGGACACACCCAUAGCCUGACAAGGGACGUGAGUGGAACUGUGGUCUAAUCCACUGAGCUUCUUGGGUUUGCCGAUUGGAAGGUCGGUGAUUCGAAUCCCUGCAAUGGAGUGAGCUCCCAUUGCUCUGUCCCAGCUUCUGCCAACCUAGCAGUUCGAAAGCAUGCCAGUGCAAGUAGAUAAGUAGGUACUGGUGUGGCAGGAAAGUAAACAGUGUUUCCAUGCACUCAGGUUUCUGUCACGGUGUUCCGUUGCACCAGAAGCGACACCCCAGAGUCGCCUUUGACUGGACUUCACUGUCCAGGGGUCCUUUACCUUUACUUAUAGCCUGACAAGGCAGAUUCCGACAUCCAGCUCUGAAAAAGUCCGGGGUCAAGUGGGGUACAGUCCCUAUGGGGGCCACCAUCUGAAAGAUGGAACCAGCUGGGUUCUCCUCUCCUUCUUCUGCCCACUAGGCUCCACCUCGCAGAGGGCGCCCCUGCUUCUCCCCUCCACGCAGUGCCCUUUCAUGGAGUCAGAGCGCAAAAGCGGCCAGAAUUCCUUUGUGCAGGAGGCAAAACCUGAGGUCCAGGAAGAUGUCAGGCCUUUCAAGUCAGGUAGGGAAUGAAGAGGCCUGCAUCCUAUGGGGAAGUGAAGCAGAAUGGGGAGCUCCCAUCCUCGACUUUUCCCUAGCCGUGACCCACUCGUCGUUCUCCCUCUAGGCAUGUGGACUUCCCUAGUAAGGGAGGUGCAAUCCAGCCUCAAGAGGAAGUUGCUCGAUUCUGACAAAGCGUCACACCUCAUUCGGGACAACAUGCCAGGUAAGUGAAUGGGAGGACUCCCGAAACUACUCAGAUGGGGAGACAGCGUAAGUAACACAUACACCUGCCGUGUGUGUCAGACACAGAGCUAGCAAUUAAGCAUUCCAGCCUUGUCGGAAUUGGCUAUCACUUUUUUCCCACCCCAAAAAAGUUUACUUUUCAGUUGUGUAAGAAAUAAAGCAUACCCACCUUUAGAGGAGGCCAUACCCUGUGUUGCUGUUUUUCCCCCAGUCCCUGAUGUUACACACAUGCUGUCUGAUUGAAAAGAGGCAAACUUAAAGCAGCUAGUCACACAGAGACACAACAGGCAGCCUCCUCUAAGAGCAGGUUAUUUUUACUGGGACUCUCAACUGGGGAUGAUUGAAGAGCGGUAUCCGACGAAUGUGUCAGCUCAAGGAUUUCUGCUUGUGCACCAGGACUCCCCACCCUCCUCCCCCGCUUCACACCCUCUCCCAAUCUGUUCCAGAGUGUUGGGGGAACCCCUAGAAAAGAUUUAGGGGUGUGUACAAGGGGAGGAAAGGGGGUCAAUGUUCUAUUGUGCAAGCAGAAGUCCUUGCACUGACGGGACAUUCACAUAGCAGUACUUUUGAUACAACCCAUUAUGUCCAAUCAAACAAUGUGGCUGGGAUAAUCCAGUCAGAUGGGUGGCAUAUAAAUAAUAAAUUUGUCAUUAAUGUUGUAGUUGUUGUAGUUGUAGUUGUUGUUGUUGUCCAGAGAUGGAGUGAAAUUAGUUUCCUCCCAGGAGAGGCCAAUUUGAAGGGCACGAGGUCAGUGCAGUAACUCAUGCGGAGAAGAAACCGACAGCCUCCUCCAACCCCUUGCCACCGCUCCCUACCCCCUAAUAUCUUCUGCCUGGAGAGUCUGUGUCACUCUGUCUGACAGCAUGGCCCACGAUCCAUCAGAACUUGCCCCUGACUCCACGUAAACAGAACCUUCCUGCCCUCUCUCACAGGCUGCUUCUCAGUAGCUUAGCCUUGCAGGUGCUAAGUCAUCCAUUAUAGAGAAAUCAAGUGAUUCCCAUGGGUUGUGUUAACCAGCCCUGUGUUUUUCCUAGCAGGGGACAAAGUGUUUGAGUACGACCAUUUCUUUGAGGCAAAGAUCCAAGCGAAGAAGCAAGAUCACACCUACCGGGUCUUCAAGACAGUGAAUCGAAGGGCUGACGCCUAUCCCUUUGCUGAGGACUAUUCUGGCUCCCAGGUAGAAGCCCGUGAGGUGUCAGUCUGGUGCAGUAAUGACUACCUGGGAAUGAGCCGCCACCCUCGAGUGAUGCAGGCCAUCCGGUGAGUGGCAGCUGCCCGGCAAUGUCUCCAGCACAAACUCUCUCCAGCCCACACCUCGUCUAGUUCCAAUGGUCUGUUUCAAUCUGUUCCGCAUUGCCCUUGCAACCUGCCCCAGUUCACUUUUGAAAUUCAGUGUGAUGGCCCUUUGACAUGAUCAUGGGGUCGGGCAAACAGGGAAAGAUGUUCUAGCCCAUGGGUAGGCAAACUGGGUGCCGGAUCCGGCCCAAUUGCCUUCUCAAUCCGGCCCGCAGACGGUCUGGGAAUCAGCGUGUUUUUACAUGAGUAGAAUGUGUGCUUUUAUUUAAAAUGCAUCUCUGGGUUAUUUGUGGGGCUUGCCUGGUGUUUUUACAUGAGUAGAACGUGUCCUUUUAUUUAAAAUGCAUCUCUGGGUUAUUUGUGGGGCAUAGGAAUUCGUUCAUUAUUAUUUUUCCAAAAUAUAGUCCGGCCCCCCACAAGGUCUGAGGGAUGGUGGACCGGCCCCCUGCUGGAAAAGUUUGCUGACCCCUGUCUAGCCCCUAGGCUGGAAACAGACAAUAGCUCUUUUCUCUGGAGAGAUGAAGAAGAUUUGAAAAAUGGGUGGCUGCUUGUGCCGUGAACUCUUGCCCCAAUUCUGACCUCUGGUCAGCCUCAGCAUCCUGAGGCCACUGCCCAGGACCCAGGACCACCCUGGCCUUCCCAUCAAAAUGUGUCUGGGUCCAGGAGUUGCCAUUUAAAUUUCCCACAAUGCCCUGCAGAGGCAUUAUGUCAGGGGUCAUAGUAGGAAAUCAAUAAUAGGAAUUGUAGUUCUGUGAGGGAGAAAACAAGACUCCACCCCAUACAUUCAAAGCACUUUUUAAGUGAAUGACUUCGCCCACAUAAUCUGUGAGGGGUAAACUACAGUUCCCAGGAUUCUUUGAGGGAAACCAUUAGCUUUAAAUGUGCUGGUUUGAAACAGAGGAGACGAUGGCAGAGAGAAAAGGGCCUUGGGGCCCUUUCCCAAUCCUCUUUAAACCCUUUUUAAGGUGUUUUCUGUCUCCGACUCUAGGCAGCUUAGUGAGUAAGAGAAUGAGCAGGAAAGUCUCUGAUUCAAAGCUCACAUCAGCCAUGAAUGGGUGGGCUUAGGCAAGACCCUGUCCUGUCAGCCCCCUCCCCAUCCUAAUAAUCCUGCCCACCCUCUUUCAACAGAUCCAUGCAGAUAGCACAUGGUGUGGUUUUUGUAUUUUAUUGUAAUGUGACUUUUAAUUUUAGCUUACUCUGUGAGCUGUCUGGGGAACUUUCUGUUACGGGUUAGCAUGAAUCUUACUCAGUGCGGAUGCAUUAGGACUGAUGGAAACAAGUCCUUUGAUUUCAACGGGUCUGAUCUGAAUUAACCUUGGAUGCAGCUUAACCCUUUCCCACCCCCAAUUUUUUUUAUUAAUUUUCCAAAUUUAUAACAAACAUAUCAACAAAUAUAAAAAGAAGACAUCAAAAAACAAACAAACAAAGAAACAUAGAUCCUGACUAUAAUAAUUCCUCUUUUCUUAACAUUGUUAGGUGACUUCCUCGAAUCCCCCUGGCUGAAUUUCCAUAUAUACCAUUGUAGCAGUUUUCCAAAACUAUUUUCACAUAAAAUUUACUUAGUCAAUUAACAUCUUUCUUUCUUUUUAACUUUCAUUUUAACAUUAAACAUAUUAUUCUAUAACAUCCCAUAUUUAAAUCCUAGGCCAAUCUGAUACUUGCAAGUAAUUCUGUUUAGAUUAUCUUAGCAUAUUUAGCUAAAUAGUCUUUAAAUUUCUUCCAUUCCUCCUGGUAUUGCUCCUCCUUCUGGUCGCGGACUCUUCCGGUCAGGUCGGCUAGCUCCCAAAAGUGCAUCAUCUUCAUCUGCCAUUCCUCCACUGUUGGUACAUCUUGUAAUUUCCAAUUUUUGGCCAAUAACCCAACCCCCUUUUUAAAAUGUAACCAUCUUUGAGCACUUACCCAUAGCUGUAGGUUUCACUAAUGGUGGGACAAACCACAGCUUCCAGGUCUCAGGAGGCCAUUUUCAUGGGAUCGUGGCAAGGAGGAGAAGGGUGAACAUGUUCUCUUCCUAGCACUGAGAGUGGCCCCAGUCUGAACCAGGUUCUCCACAGUUGCUUUGCACAAGAAUGGAAAAGGGACCCAAGAUCUGAUCAAGGGUCUCCAUGGUCUUAUCUGGUUUGGCGAUCCAGGUGUGAUUCACCUUCUGAGUUCAGCCCUUUUUGGAGCGAAUCUCAUUCUCCUCUUCUUCCACCCUAUCCCCACCAGGGAUACUCUGGAUCUUUAUGGAGCUGGGGCUGGAGGCACCAGGAACAUUUCUGGCACCAGUAAGUUCCACGUGGAGCUGGAGCAAGAACUGGCCAGCCUGCACAGCAAAGACGCUGCCCUGCUCUUCUCUUCUUGCUUUGUGGCCAAUGACUCCACCCUCUUCACUUUGGCCCGCAUGAUGCCAGGUAACCAGGGCAAUGCAGUGGGUUGGCCUUUAGGGCCUGGCUGGCAGCCAAGAGAGGGGAAGGACCAUGGGCUCUGCAUGGAGAAGGUCCCAGGUUCAAUCCCCAGCAUCUCCAAGUUGGGCUGGGAGAAGCCCCGGUCGGGAAUCCUGUGGAGACUGUACUGUGUGAGAUAGACCAGUGGGUCUGACUCGGGGUGGGUAAAUUUGACCGUGCUGGUUUCUCUCAUUUUUUCCAGUCUUAAAUCCAUUUCUCCAUGUUUCCACAGUAGCUUUUAAAAGUCCUCCUGAAAAAUUACCAGCAUUUUAAGGCAAAAUUCUCCUAGUAUUUUAACUAAGCACAUACCCCAGUGUGUGCAAUUAUGCAUACAUUGCUGCAGAACCGUGUAGCAAAUAUAGGUAAAGGUAAAGAUAAAGGGACCCCUGACCGUUAGGUCCAGUCGCAGAUGACUCUGGGGUUGCGGCGCUCCUCUCACUUUAUUGGCCGAGGGAGCCGGCAUACAGCUUCUGGGUCAUGUGGCCAGCAUGACUAAGCCGCUUCUGGUGAACCAGAGCAGCGCACGGAAACACCGUUUACCUUCCCGCCAGAGCGGUACCUAUUUAUCUACUUGCGCUUUGAUGUGCUUUCGAACUGCUAGGUUGGCAGGAACAGGGACCGAGCAACGGGAGCACACCCCGUCGUGGGGAUUCGAACUGACAACCUUCUGAUCGGCCCUGUGGUUUAGACCACAGCGGCACCCACGUCCCUGUGUAGCAAAUAUAGCAUAGUGCAAAUACAGCACAGGGUGAAUUUUAAAAGAUGGCUAGCUGUGUUUAGGUUUGUGUAUUUGCUUUGGGAAAUGCAAAUGACAUAGGUCCACCUUGAAAGCAUUUAGAAUCAUGCAAUUGUAGACUUGGAAGGGACCCAAAAGCCAUCUAGUCCAAGUCCCUGUGAUACAGGAGUCACAGCUAAACAUGAACUGGAUCAAAUUUCUCCCCCAUACCAAGGAUCUGGCUCAGUGUAAGGCAGGUUCCUUUGUCCUUAUUCCAGUUAGGCGGAGAGCAGAGGCUCGGUGGGUGACCCAGAGGCUCCUUUUCCUCCUGCAGGGUGUGAGAUCUAUUCAGACGCAGGCAACCAUGCCUCCAUGAUUCAGGGCAUCCGAAACAGUGGAGCACCGAAGUAUGUCUUCCGGCAUAAUGACCCCCAACACCUGGAGGAGCUCCUGAGCAAAGCCAAUGCCAACACCCCAAAGAUUGUUGCCUUUGAGACUGUCCAUUCCAUGGAUGGUGGGUAAUGCAUUUGUAUGUUGUUCAUAUUUAUUAUUCGCUUCAUAAUGAAUUUUCCAGAUAACGUGGUAAAAUCAAUAUACAGUCAUACCUCGGGUUACAGAUGUUUCAGGUUGUGUGUUUUCGGGUUACGUAUGCGCCGAAACCUGGAAGUACCGUAACGGGUUACUUCUGGAUUUUGGCGCUUGCGCAUGCGCAGAAACACUAAAUCGCGCUUUGCGCAUGUGCAGAAGCGCCGAAUCACAACCCACAUGUGUGCAGACGUGGCACUGCAGGUUGCGGACGCUGUGGUUGCAAACGUGCCUCCCACACGGAUCACGUUCACAAACCGAGCUUCCACUGUAAAACAAAAAAUUAAGCAUAUUAAGAGAUUCAUCUUUUAGGACCAACCCUAUUCUUGUGACUGUUUUUAAUACUGUAUUUUGAACUGUUGGUGAGCUACCUUUGGACCUUAUAGUGAAGCAUGGGUAAUAAGUUAAGUUAAUGACAAUAACAAUAACAGUAACAAUAACAAUAACAAGGCAAUCAAAUUCCACACUGAAAUCCAAAGUCAGCAUGCAUGAUAAAACAAUUACCAGCAGAAAGUUCAUUUGUCCUAGAGGCUGGGAAUCUGUGGCCCUCCAAGAUGCUCCCAAACUCCCAUCGGCUCCAGUCAGCAUGGGCGAUAGUCAGGGAUGCUGAGAGUCAUAGCCUGGAGGUCCAGAGGUUCCUCAUCCUUGAUUUUACAUAGAAAAGCUAAAAAAGAAAUCCUGUGUUGGAUUUGAUCAAAGCUGAGAUCUUCAAAACAUUUGAUCUUCAAAACAUUACUCUGCACAUUUUCCUUACUGCACCUCCUUUGCAAUCCAGGCUAAAGUCGCCAGUAAGGGUCAGCAUCCUUCGUGCAUUAAGUCUUCUCUGUCUGCAGGUGCCAUCUGCCCACUGGAGGAAAUGUGUGAUGUGGCACACCGCUAUGGAGCCAUCACUUUCGUGGAUGAGGUUCACGCGGUGGGACUUUACGGGGCCCACGGGGCUGGCAUUGGUGAACGCGACGGAGUGAUGGGCAAGAUAGAUAUCGUCUCUGGCACCCUGGGUAAGUUUGAGGGUGAGCCACAGCCCCUAAUGAAAAGGGCAUCAGGAAGGGAUGGACUACGGUGAAGGUCUGGGAUGUUCUAGCACUGGAUUUCCUGAACUGAGCAGGAAGUUGAAGUAGGUGGCCUAAAAGAUGGCCUAAAACUCUAUGGUCCUCGGUGCCACAGAGCAGCAAGUUAAGAUGAUGGGAUAGACUUGGUCAGGAAGGAACACCAUGUUGGAGGCAAGUGGUUCUCCAGUAGCCACACCUGGAACAGCUUCAAUUUGCCGGCUAGACCAGUUGAGGGUAGCCAACAGGUCUCAAACCCUCGGUGAGUUAGGAACUUCCCCUGCAUGUGAAGACAGGCUUGGGCAGAUUGAGCAGGUGAGACCAAUGGUCAAGAAGGUGGUUUCUGCACAUGCUGUAGAGGGAAGUGAGGGGCAGAUGGGGCUCAUCCACCUGGAAAGGAAGCAUCUUCAAGAGAAGAAGAAGCUAAGGAGUAAGCCCUGGCGCUGCUCUGGUUCGCCAGAAGCGGCUUAGUCAUGCUGACCACAUGACCCGGAAGCUGUACACCGGCUCCCUCGGCCAAUAAAGUGAGAUGAGCGCCACAACCCCAGAGUCAUCCGCGACUGGACCUAAUAGUCAGGGGUCCCUUUACCUUUAAGCCCUACACAAAUCUGGAGUGGAGUCCUGAAGGCAGUUGGACGGUACCUUGUACAACUCCUUCUGGCAACUCUUGCAGCCAAGCUGGUGUCAAAUGUAUUACAGUGGUACCUCGGGUUACAUACCCUUCAGGUUACAUACACUUCAGGUUACAGACUCUGCUAACCCAGAAAUAGUACCUUGGGUUAAGAACUUUGCUUCAGAAUAAGAACAGAAAUUGUGCUCCGGCAGCGGGAGGCCCCAUUAGCUAAAGUGGUGCUUCAGGUUAAGAACAGUUUCAGGUUAAGAAUGGACCUCUGGAAUGAAUUAAGUACGUAACCAGAGGUACCACUGUACUUUCCUUUCUUCAGUGAGACCACAUCUUGUCAUCUGGGCAGCCCAGGACUUCCAUACACACCACCCAGGCUUGUGCCCCGGGGAGGUCACUUCAGUGCUGCUAACGCAGCGGUUUCACUUCAUCUCCAGAGGCACACUCUCGAGACAGACAGAUGCCCGCAGUUCCAUCUCAAGUUGAAGCAAGGAUGCAAAAUAAGACACAUGAAGUUCCUCAGUUUGCCUAAAGUUAUGCAACUUGCAGAACCCAACUCCCUUUAGCACACAAUUUGGAUUGUCUGCAUGCAACAUUCACCAUUGUAUUUUCAGUGCAGAGCCUAGGUGUGCUUCCAGAGUGCAUGGACUAAUGUCUGCCUUUUCUUUCCUCCCCUUGCAGGGAAGGCUUUCGGCUGUGUGGGUGGCUAUGUGGCCAGCACCAAGUCUCUGAUCGACACAGUGCGCUCCUAUGCGGCGGGAUUCAUCUUCACCACCUCCCUGCCCCCCAUGGUGCUGGCCGGGGCCCUGGAAUCGGUCCGGGUCUUGAAGAGCCCCGAGGGGCAGGCUCUGCGCCGCUCCCACCAGCGCAACGUCAAACACAUGCGCCAGCUGCUGAUGGACGCCGGGCUCCCUGUGGUCAGCUGCCCCAGUCACAUCAUCCCCAUACGGGUAUGGCUCUCCGGGACGAAAACUACGCAGAAACGGCCUCUCUAAGUUCCGCACUCUGUUCGCCAGGGGUGAAAUAGGGAGGGCAAUUUCACCAAGUUUCUCCAGGGGGGAGGAGAAAUUAUCCAGCAGCGGCAUUAGGCAGCCUGUAGCCUUCCAGGUGUGGCUGGACCCAGCCAGACCCAGGCAGCGUGGUCCCCAGUUGGAGGCAGCAGUGCUUCCGAAUUCUAGUUGCUGGAAACCGCCAGAGGAGGAGAGUGCUUGGGUCCUGUUUGCAGGUUUCCCAGAGGCCUCUGGUUGGCCAUCGUGACAACAGGUUGCUGAACAAAAUGGUUAAAUGACCUGCUCCAACAGGCUCUUCUUAUUGUGUUUUCCCCCCCAAAUUUUUUAUUCAUUUUAUAACACAAAUAAAAAACACAAACAGAAAAGACAAACAAUACAAACUAAUUCUUGUCAUAUCCUUAUUUUUCUAAACAUUGUUAAGUGGGCUUCCUCAAGUCCUACCUAUCAAUUUUCAUUUUACUUCAUCUUUAGCAGUUUACAUGUAUCAUAAUUUCUAACCAUCUUUCCCCCCCCCCCACACACACUUACUUUAACCAUAAAAAACUUAACAUUUUAUCACUUAUAAAAUACACUAUAUCCACUACCAAAGCUAUUCUAAGAUUUAAGUAUUAACUUAUUUUUUCAAAUAUUCCUUAAACUUCUUCCAAUCUUCCACCGUCUCUUCUCUCUGGUCUCGGAGUCUCCCCGUCAGUUCGGCAAGUUCCAUAUAGUCCAUCAUCUUCAUCUGCCAUUCUUUUGAUAGUUGGUAAAUCUUGUUUCUUCCAAUUCUUUGCUAGCAAUAUUCUCGCAGCUGUUGUGGCAUACAGAAAAAAAGUAACAUCCUUUUGGGGGAUUUCAACCCCCCCCCCACUAUACCAAGUAAAAAGGCUUCUGGUUUGUUUUAAUAAAUGUGUUUUUCAACACUUUUUUCAAUUCAUUAUAAAUCCUUUCCCAGAAGUCUUUUACCUUGGGGCACAUCCACCACAUGUGGUAAAAGGUUCCUUCUUUUUCUUUACAUUUCCAGCAUUUAUUAUCAUGAGUAUGAUACAUUUUUGCUAACUUCACUAGUGUUAAGGCUCUUCUUAUUGUUAUACAGAAAUACAGUGGUGCCUCGCAAGACGAAAUUAAUCCGUUCCGCAAGAGUCUUCGUCUAGCGGUUUUUUCGUCUUGCGAAGCAAGCCCAUUGACGGAUUAGCGCUAUUAGCGCUAUCAGCUGUUUAGCGGCUAUUAAAGGCUUAAAGGCUUAGGGGAUUAGCUGCUAAAAGGCUAUUAAAGGCUAUUAAAGGCUUAGCAGAUUAGAUAAAGGGGGAAAGCGAAAAAAAUCUCAGGACUCGCAAGGUAUUUUCGUCUUGCGAAGCAAGCCCAUAGGGGAAUUCGUCCUGCGAAGCAACUUCAAAACGGAAAACCCUUUCGUCUAGCGGUUUUUCCGUCUUGCGAGGCAUUCGUCUUGCGGGGCACCACUGUAUCAUUAUGUUCUUAUGUAGGGGAUGAUGAUGAUUGGGAGACCUACAACACCUGGAGGGUAAAAGUUCCCCAUCCCCAUCAAGCAGUUUUGUAGAGGCAGGGCUCUCCAACAGGAGUAGCACAGCUUCCCCCACCCCUCCAAAUAAUCUUGGGAAUUAUAGUUCUGUGAGGGAUAAACCACGGUUCCCAGAAUACUUUGGAGGAAGUUGUGACUCUUAAAGUGGUAUGAAUGUAUUUUAAAUGCAUGGGGUGGUUGUUUGCCCCCGACAUUAUUUAUUUAUUGCUGCUGCUGCUGCUGCUGCAAGCAAGUAUGUUGGAAGUUUUUGCAUCCUCCACAGGGUCCUGGACCUAACACCAUUCUGAGUAUUUUGGUGGUGGCGGAGAAUGAUGUGUCUCUCUCACACACACAAAGGGUAGGAAACACUCCAAGAAAAUUAUACAAAAUGGCCUCCUUCCAGUGGGGAGGAGGAGGGUGGGGAAAGCCCAGGGCAGUCAUGGGUUUAUCUAGUGUUAUGGGUAGAGGACCCCAGUUGUCUUCUGAAGAACAGCAACAGAGUGUAUGGCACAAUCCAGCUAAUAUGAAACACUGAAAUCUCUGUUUCGCUGGGGAAAACCCUGAUAUUAAUAUUCGUUAUUACUUUUAUGCUACAUUCAUAGAAGAGUUUGGAUUUGAUAUCCCGCCUUUCACUCCCUUUCAGGAGUCUCAAAGCAGCUAACAUUCUCCUUUCCCUUCCUCCCCCACAACAAACACUCUGUGAGGUGAGUGAGGCUGAGAGACUUCAAAGAAGUGUGACUGGCCCAAGGUCACCCAGAAGCUGCAUGUGGAGGAGCGGGGAAUCAAACCCGGUUCACCAGAUUACGAGUCCACCACUCUUAACCACUACACCACACUGGCUCUCAUUCAUAGCGCUUUACAAAAGUGUAAAAGUGUAAAAGGACUCCCUCCGGUUCUAUUUAAAUCAAAGGGACUUAACGGUGCUGAUUUUUUGGCUGGGUCAUUGACAGCUACAAAAGGCAGGAUGGGAGGAACAAGGAACUAGACCUCUGACUUCACUCUCUUAGCAAUGUAUGGUUCUCUCCUCCACAGGUUGGAGACGCAGCCCUGAAUUCUCACCUCUGUGACCUGCUUCUGGCUGAAUACAACAUCUACGUCCAAGCCAUCAAUUACCCGACUGUGCCUCGGGGGGAGGAGCUGCUGCGGCUGGCCCCCUCGCCCCAUCACACGCCACCCAUGAUGAAUUACUUUGUGGGUGAGUCACCAGGACCACAUGAUCUAGUUGGGACCGUGUUUCCCUGUAAUAAAGACCACUGCAUGGUUCUAGAGUUGCAAACACUAAUAAUGGUAGGCUUACAAACAUGCAGUUAGGAGUUGUAAAAAGAAAAGAAAAUGAAGCCAUUAACAUAGAAAUGGAGGCUGUGACCUCAUUCGUACAUAAUGCUAAGCCAUAGUUGAGGACCUGCUUCCCUUUUUCAGUACAGCUGUGAAUAAACUAGGAAGCAUUUGCUUCUGCUUUCAAAUCACUAUGGUUUGGUCAUAAAGCCAGAAUUAUAAACCAGUUUACAGGUGGCUCCUUUGGACAAACCAUAGUUAAAACUAACUGACGUUUGUCCUGACUUGCAUGUAGCAGCAAACUGUGGUUUGCUGAAGCCAGAAGCAAAGGCAUCUUCACCUCUUCACACCUGCAUGCUACAGGAGAGGGGAGCACAUCAGCUUAAGGCUCCUUUGCAUAGCACCAAACCAGCUGUCCUCCAGAUGGCACAGUCUAUGUAUUGGGCUUCUUAGGAGCUUUACUCCUGUGCCAGGCUGGCAUUUGCCUCUUCUCCCAUUGGAUCAAGGGAAUGGUCAGUGAAGACUCCCCUUUGAAGAAAGGUUGCAGCAUUUGGGACUUUUGGGCUUGCCAAUCAGAAGGUUGGCGGUUCGAAUCCCCGUGAUGGGAUGAACUCCCGUUGCUCAGUCCCAGCUCCUGCCAACCUAGCAGUUUGAAAGCACACCAAAAAGUGCAAGUAAAUAGGUACCGCUCCGGCGGGAAGGUAAACAGCAUUUCCGUGCGCUGCUCUGGUUUCAGUGUUGUUGUGCCAGAAGUGGCUUAGUCAUGCUGGCCACAUGACCCGGAAAAAAACUCUGCAGACAAACGCCGGCUCCCUCGGCCUGUAAAACGAGAUGAGCGCCACAACCCCAGUCUCGUCUGUGACUGGACUUAACUGUCAGGGAUCCUUUACCUUUUUAGUUUUGGGAAAAGGCGAGUAAGAGGCAACGUAAUAGAAGUUUACAAAAUUAUGCCUGGCAAGGAGAAAGUGGAGAGAGAAAAGCUGUUAUCCCUCUCCUAACACUAGAGCUUGUGGACAUUCAGUGAAGCUGAAUGUUGGAAGAUCUAGGACAGAUAAACGAAAGUACUUCUUUACACUACGCAUAGACAAAGUCUCCCAGGAAGUGAUGGUCACCAACUUAGAUGGCCUUAAAAGAGGAUUAGACGUAGUUAUGGAGGAGGAAAGGGCUACCAGUGGCCACUAGCCAUGAUGGCUAUGCUCUCUCUACCUCUGCGGCUGGAGGCAGCAAUGCUUCUGAAUACCUAUUGCUGGAAACAGCAGGAGGGAAGAGGGCUUUUGCUUGCAGGCUUCCCCCCCCCCUCUCUCUCUAUAUAUACACCGUAUUUUUAGGUCUAUAAGAUGCACCAGACCACAAGACGCACCUAGUUUUUGGAGGAGGAAAACAAGAAAAAAAAUAUUCUGAAUCUCAGAAGCCAGAACAGCAAGAGGGAUCGCUGCGCAGUGAAAGCAGCAAUCCCUCUUGCUGUUCUGGCUUCUGGGAUAGCUGCGCAGCCUGCAUUCGCUCCAUAGGACACACACACAUUUCCCCUUACUUUUUAGGAGGGAAAAAGUGAGUCUUAUAGAGCAAAAAAUACGGUAUAUACAUACAUACAUACCCCACCCAUCUGGCUGGGUUUCCCCAGCCACUCUGGGUGGCUUCCAACAGAAUAUUAAAAUACAAUAGUCUGUUAAACAUUAAAAGCUUCCCUAAACAGGGCUGCCUUCAGAUGUCUUCUACAAGUCUGGUAGUUGUUUUUCUCUUUGACAUCUGGUGGGAGGGCGUUCCACAGGGUGGGUGCCACUACCGAGAAGGCCCUCUUCCUGGUUCCCUGUAACUCGGCUUCUCAUAGCGAGGGAACCACCAGAAGGCCCUCGGCACUGGACCUCAGUGUCUGGGUAGAAUGAUGGGGGUGGAGACGCUCCUUCAGGCAUCUGGUUGUCAACUAUGAGAAUGGGAUGCUGGACUAGACUGGCCUUUGGCCUGAUCCAUCAGGCUAUUCUUAGGUUCUUCUGGAUUUUAACAGGGCCACAGACUCCUCUUCAGAAACAAUAGUUCAACAGCUCCAGGGGCAUGGGCCCACAAGCCCCAGCUGCUGCUUAGCACAGAAACCACCAAUCAGCUGCCCAUUAUACAACUCAGCAAAAAAUAAUAAUAAUGAAAUUUGAAAUUUGCAUGGCUUGGCUACAUUUAACACCUUCUUCUUCCAUUCCCUCUCCAGAGAAGCUCCUGGCAGCCUGGCAGGAGGUAGGGCUGCCUCUGCAGGCCGCAGUCUCCCCCGAGUGCAACUUCUGCCACCGCCCGCUGCAUUUUGCCCUCAUGAGCGAGUGGGAGAGGGAUUAUUUCGGGAACAUGGGGCCCCGCUACAUCACUCUUUGCGCCUGA